ACAAACAGGGGAGGAGAGGAAACGAGCAGCAGCUCUGGGCUCUCUCUCGGGGGAAAUUUUAUAUUGUUUAUACCCAUUUUUGUACAGUUUAUUAUCGCCUUUCCUAGAACCUUUUAAUGCUUUGCUACACUGGUUUUGAAAUUUUUUCUAACGACCAACCUGGGCACGGAUUGGCUGCAGCUUGCUAGCUUGGAAACACUGUCUUUUUUUUCUCCUGCCGACAAAGGCUGAGACAGCGAAGACACUGGACAAGACAAUAUAAUAAGGCAUUUUUUAAAAGUAUUAUUCUGUGUAAUACCAACCGAGGCACUGUCAUUCUUAUGACUUCAACUGACUAGUCGCGGGUGUGUUUUGGAAAGCUAACGUUAAAAACUUAGGAGGUGGAUAGCUGACGUUAACGCCAGCCUCGUAGCAAAGAAUGACGGCUGUUCAGCUGAUAAAUAUCCAACGGUUACUGGAGGCUGCGGAGUUUCUAGAGAGGAGAGAAAGAGAGUGCGAACACGGAUAUGCUUCGACAUUUCCGUCAAAUCAGAACACAAACUACCAGAGGCAAAGAAAAUUCCGAAAUAAGAAGUUCAACAAUAACCACAACAGGUCCACACAUAAUGAGCUGGAGAAGAAUAGACGAGCUCACCUGCGGCUGUGUCUGGAGAGGUUGAAGGCCCUUAUACCCCUGGGACCCGACUGCAACCGCCAUACCACUCUGGGCCUGCUUAACAAAGCCAAAGCACACAUAAAGAAACUUGAAGAGGCGGACAGGAAGAGCCAGUACCAGCUGGAGUCCCUGGAGCGCGAGCAGAGGCACCUCCAGCGCCAGCUGGACCUGCUGAGGGGAGGCAGCGGUGCUGGGGCCCAGAGCGUCCCAGGAGAGGGCGAGAGAAUACGCAUGGACAGCGUGGGUUCCACCCUCUGCUCCGACCGCUCUGACUCUGACCAAGAAGAGAUCGAGGUGGAUGUGGAAAGCACAGAGUUCUCCCAUGGAGAGCUGGACAGCGUCAGCACGGCCAGCACCAGCGACCUGGACGACCACAGCAGCUUGCAGAGCAUGGCCAGUGACGAGGGCUACUCCUCUUGCAGCGUCAAACUUGCCUUCUCCUCCUAGAGCCCUGCAAGCCCUCGUGCCCCACCUUCGCCCUCCCAGACCCUCCCGCCCGCCCGUCUCUUCAUCCAUCCACACCUGCGUGCAUACAUCCUGUCACCUCCGACGACCACAAAGACGACGUAACCCGAAGCUAGAACGUGGCUCUCGUCGCUCAUGCCUCUCUGCAGCUUCCUGUCCCCCACCCCGCCCCCCUUGCCUUUUAGUCCCCCACCCCCUCCGUGUUGCUGAACCCACAGUCGGAGGAGCCCUGCCGGGAGCACCUCCCUCGUCUUGUUCACCUCCGAGCAGAACUUUGAGCCACCCCGACCAACGCCGACACCAGGGACCCAGCGCUCGACCCGAACACAGAGCCAGCUCUUCAGUUUGCAGCUUGACACCGUGACAGCCAAACUGGUUUUAGAGUCUUUUAAAGGGAGGUCAGAGACCUGGUUGAGAUGAAAAAAAAAACAACCUACAAUCAUCUUGAUUUGAAACCCACAUAAUCGAAGGGAACGAAUGAUCUUACAUCUUUGUUUUAAGAGAACCUUCUGAAUUUUUUUAGAUCUACAAUCCCCGAUUUUAUCCAAAAUGCACUUAUAUUGAUAGAAUACGGAAAAAAUAACUAUUUUCUCUUCGGUUCUCUCUGUUGUGUGUGUGUGUGUGUGUGUGUGUGUGUGGAAGGGUCUUGAGCUGAUCCUGCGUGUUCCCUCGUUAAUGUUCUGCUGUUGGACCUGGACAAACAGGAGCACAUCCAGUUUGGACACUGACAAACACUGUGGGUCAACUUGCCAUAUCAACAUAGCUCGGCUUUGUUAAACAUCCUUUAUUUUUUUUUUUUUUAUUAUUAUUUUUUGAAAUUCAAUCCUUGUCUUACGUUUUUCAUGACAUCUGCUUGACGCCGCAGCAGCUUGGACACUCGAAUUGGUGCUAUUGUGAAACAAACCAACAUGGGAAGCAGAUCAGAUCUACAACCAAGCUUUGAAACGCAAACAAGCAAGGCUGCCGCGACUGUUUCCAUCCAAGUCUGGAGGAAAACACCAACAAACAAACAAACAAACAAAACCAGAGGAAAUAAAUUUAUACAUUCCUGUCGAAUGUGGGUGCUCGGUGCAUUUUUCAGAGUGGAAAUUGUAACGUGUGUUUUGUUCUGUUUUAUUAUUUUUUUUUCCCUCAACAAGCAGCUACCAACAAGCUAUCCUGCACUUGCCUACUUUAGAGCUGUCCAUAAAAAACCGGCACAAACCAAGAAGAAAAAAAAUCAACAAAAAAAAAGUUAUGUCCAAACUACAACAAACUUUGGAACAGGUGUCCAUCCUCUUUCCAGCAGUAACAAGCAAUAACUCUUGUAGUCGUUUUUGUCUCGUCAGUUUGAACUACUCCUAUUUUUUUCUCUUCUCUCUUAAGACACAUGCCCGACAUGUGUGUGUGUGCGUGUGUGUAUGUGUGUGUGUGUGCGUGUGUGUGUGUGUGACCGUCCAAAAAAGCAAAUUCAACUUGCUUGUUUUUUUUUUGUUUUUUUUUGUACAUAUAUACAAAUAGCUUAAUAAAUGAAAGAUAAAAAGGAGUUAAAAAAAAAAAAGGUAGAGCUCAUGGAUAGAACUAUUGCCUCUGUUGCUGUUUGACCUGUGUUUAUUGUGCAUUUUAAAUUAUAUUUUUGGAAAGAUUUUAUCUUGUUCGGAGUGGCAGUGGAUAUGGCAUGGACAGUAUUACUUUGUUCAUUUUGCUGGUUGAAACGUUCAAAAGUUACUAAUUCUGUAGCUGCCCUAAGAAGAAAAAAAGUUACACUUUGAGACGACAAAAAAAAAACAAAAAAAAAAACGUGAGAACAACUUCCUGUAUCAAGAUGCAGAAACGCGACCCGUAGAGACUUCUGUUUGUGAACGCUGAGUUUGCGUGGCACUCGUCUAUUUAUUAGAUUUUUUUUUUUUUCCUCUUGUUUUAAUUUUGAUUAAUGGAAAAAAGCUGUAUGGCAUUCCACUAGUGGUCUAGUGAUCUGUGGACAGGAAGUCUGAAGUGUAAGAAAAAAAAAAAAAGGGUGUAUGAUGUCAUUGACUUGUCAUCCCGACUCCCCCUGGCAUUACUGAGGUCACGCCCAGAUUGCACUUCAGCCAGUUCUUGCUUUUUCUUCUUCUUCUUUACCACUGUCAACUCUCUCAUGAAUCCUUUUGUGUGCGAGAGAAAAACACCGCCCCCAAAAUAAUCUUUUUAAAAAAAUAUAUUUAUUUCUCAAUCCCUCAGCAAACACAAGAAUGGAAAAAAAAAAGUUAACUUAUUUUGGUUCUGUCUUAUUUUACUCCUUAUUACUCAUUCCUUAUUUUAAGAAUUGUAUAUGUUACUGAUUAUUGUUGUUUUUUUGCGAUUUUAAAAAAGCUAUCUAGCCAUUUUGUUUCCAUUUUUUUUUUUCUUAUGUUUUAUUUGAUGGACACUUGAAAUGUAAUUGGCCCCUAAGCUGCUCCUAUAGUGCUGAGCCUUUGCCUGUUGAGUCAACAGCCUUGUCCGGAGCUGACCCUUAACCCCCCCUCUGCGUCUCUGACGGGCACACUCCGCUGAAACAAACGGACAGGUCUAAGCAAAAUGGCCCAACUUGCCGCCGUGCAGACUCGUGCCCACUCUUGUGCACGUCUGGUUGUUUUGGGGUCCCGGCCUCAGCAGCAACAGGGGGUUAUUUCAGGACAAGGCCUGCAAAUAGCCAAGACUAAUUGGCAAAUACUGAGCCGGCUACUACACAAUAAAGGGGUCUGAAACUCUGCUCUCCUCUUUUAGGAGGAUUGUAGUCUCUGUUAGACUUUAGUCGACAAAAUGUGUCUUACAUUUACAAGGCCUCCGACUUGAGGAUUUAAAGAAACUUAAUAAAAAAAAAAGAAAAGAACAAACCCUUUGGUUUCCCAGAAGGACAUGAUUAAGGUGUAGAGUUUGACGCGCAAGCUCCCAGCGGAGCAGCGCUGUGUCGAGGUUGUUGGACUUGGCGUUGAAUCAGAAAGUCACCGACGCGGUGCUCUAUCUUCAAAGAAAUAAGCCAAAACCACCUCAGAACACCUCAGUGUCCUCUUCUCUGUGUUUUUCUCGGAGGGGCAGUUUACUUUGACUCUGCACCCUCGCCCUUUUUAAGUUAUUACCCUCCAUCUUUUCCUUGUUUCUUUUUUUUCUUGUUCUAUCUUUGUUGGUCUCAUGAACGUGCACUACUGAGAGAAAAAGGGGCUCAUGUCGUACAGCAAGUAGUCUUGAUUCCUGCUCCAGACCUGGGUCAGAUCUUUUUGGGUGGGUUUUGACAUGUUGGGAGUACCAGAGGGGCGGGCUGACAUUGCAUUGGGACGAUUCUGAUUUUGCUGGCUAAGAGUUUGACCACAGAAAGGUGCAACACCAUGACCGUCAACUAUUUUUCUUUGUGAAAAGUCACAUUGUCCCUCUGGUACUCCAAGACAUUUAAAGUCGACUUUGAAUGCUGUUUAACCCAGAUCUGCCCUCUCUCCUGUGUGUAUGUUCUCCAUGUUCUUACUAAGGCUGUGCAAGAAACCUGGUCCCAGAUGAGUCUGCACCGACCACAGCUGGGCUCCGCUUACCAACUCCUUAUUGAUUUACCUCAUCACACAGAUUUUUUUUAUUAUUAUUAAGAAGUCUGGAUGUCAUUUGCCAUAAAAAGACAAGUAUUUCCAAUGUAAAGUGAGAUUAUAGCGAAUGAUGUCUCUCUGCUAGUGAAUUUUAAUAUGAUUUCUAAGUUGAAAGUGAGCGGAGCCCAACUGUGGUGGCGAUUCCUCCUUCCAGAAUCAGAAGAGCAGGUUCAAGUGCAAUCAGGUCUUGGACCAGGAUAGUUGGGACAAAGUGGUUUUCACUCUCUGGCUAAGCUGCAAAGUCAAAAAA